UCUUACUUAACGAAAUCACUGACUGGCACCUUGUCCAUCGUCAGCCGACCGCAACUGUGAAGCAACAUCGAUGCACCGCUGAAAGUCUCGACGUCCGCGUGGUACGUGUGGCGGUGAGGUUCAAGCAGUGCACUUGCACACUGCAAACCAGGCGAAAGCGUCAUCCAGGGUGGGCACGAGCGCACCAUCUCUCAAGGCGCUGGUUCAGAUUUGGCCCGCUUUCCAAAGCGGCCCGAACCUACGAUGGACAUUCAUCGGACAUCCUCUCCUCGGCCAGGUGCUCGUCGAGCUGCACCUGCGCUGCCUGCGUCUCCAGGUAGACCAGGCUCACCUUCUCUGGGUGCAUCCGGGGAUCACGGAGCCAGUGGCUCAUCACAUCGGCCAUCCGGCUCUGGAAACAUCUUUUACAACUCUUCAGUCGACGAGUUCUGCCAGAUCAAGACCUUUGACACGCCCAACUACUCUACGAAGGACUUGCUGGCUGGACUGAGCGACAAGCUGAUCACGCAGAGCAAGGCGAAUCCAGGCGCCUUCAACCCUCGUCCAUUCAUCAGGACGUACGAGUCCGCUGUGGACUCUUUGCUGCAGCUGCGUUCUACAAUCACCGCGCAAGAGUCCCAAUUAGCUUCCACCGUGCAGGUAUCGGAAUCGGCCUACGCUGCAAAGCUCAAGGAUCUCUCUUCCAACUUCGAUAGCGUCUCUACGAGCUUUACGGGACUCGAAGAUCGCUUCGCUGAUGUGGGCCGUACGGCACUGCAGAUCGGCGAGCAGCUGCAAACCAUAGACAAGCUCAGGACUCGGGCAGCGGAAGCCAGCGACCUGAUCGAGUAUUAUUAUCAGUUUGCGAGAGGGGACACGAGCAGAUUGGACCGGCUGAGAAGAGAAGGCGGUAGAGAGGGUCGACUGAAGACUGCAGUUAUAGCCAGGAGGCUUGGCGCCAUCGCUCGGGAGGUCGACAUGCCGGGAGCUGACAAGACCCGCGAUACCGUCGAUGUGUUCUCAGAGAAAUUCGAAAGGGACAUGCUCAAGCUUUUUGACAAGUUUUACAGAAAGUCCGACCCUAAGAUGAUGAGUCAUAUCGCCAAGGUGCUGCAAAACUUUAAUGGCGGGCAUUCCUGUGUACAGAUCUACGUGAACCAGCACGACUUUUUCAUCAGCAAAGAUAGAGUAGGGGGUGCUGAGAGCGUUGGCGCAAGCGAGAUCUGGACAACCAUUUCAGACCCCGACGCGCCAGCACCCAAGGUGGAACCUGGACUUGACCAGCUGUUUGCGGAGAUUAAGCAGACAGUGGAGAUAGAAGCGCAGAUCAUUCAGGCUGUCUUCCCGUCCCCUCUCCUCGUGAUGAGCACAUUCCUUCAGCGAGUCUUUGCUCAAAGCAUUCAGUUGCAUGUGGAGCGCUUGAUGGAGAAAGCUGCAGAGGUUGGUGCUGUCAGCAACGGGGUUGCGGGUCAAAGUGGUACAUCGGCGCCAACAGCAGCCGGAGCGUUGGCCGGCUCUGAUCCGAGCACGGGGCCGGGUAGCAGCUCUUUGGCAUUUCUGCGCACCCUUCACAUGGCGCGCUCCAUGGCUCUGGCCCUGGUCACAGAGCUCAAAGUGUACGACUAUCGCUCGACAGAUGCCGGUGGAAGUUCAUCUGCGAAUCGUAGCACAUUCCAAGAUGCCAGCUCUUUCUCCCUGCUUGGAGGGCACACGCUUCUAGGCAGCAACAGCUCUAGCGCUGCUGCUGGUGGAGGCAGUGCGCUAGGCUCGAUGCUGGAUCAGGCAGUCGAAGAGCUUUUUGUACCUUACAUGGAGGGCAUCAGGUACUUGGAAAGGGAGAGCCGAAGUCUGACAGAUCUCUACGCGGCGUACCUGCUACGCUUCAGCAAUGCGCACCGCUCAGCUCCACAGAUCAAGACGUCAACCAUUUUCGAUCGAGUGAGAGCACAGGUGCAAGCUGCUUCCACUAGCUCUGCCAGUUCGCUGCAGCCCUCUUCCGCAGGCAGUACGGCCAGCGCUGCGACCAGCUUGACGACAGGGGGCAGCACCGGCGCAAGUUCUUCCAUCCCGGCUACAAAGUCUACCUUUGGCUUCUCCAAGCUUUCUGGGCUGGUCGAUCGAGCGCGUGGCGGAACAUCGUCGGCCGAACCAGCUGGCACAUUGACUGUAGCGCCCGAAGCUUCCACCGAGAGUGGAGGUCUCGCUGCCACAGGAGCCGAAGACGGGGAUGGUGAUCUGAGUCUCGAGGUGGCGGAGAGGAUGCUCAGAUGGCACGCAGAGGCAAUUGGGCGUUGCGUUGAUCUUAGCUCAGCUUCUGACAUCCCCAAAAAUGCUUUUGCGCUCCUCAAAGUGCUGGUGGAAGCUUUCUUUCAGCUCUACGUUGAAGUGGCCCUCGACUCUGCACAAACGACUGUCAACGGCCAGGACGUCCGAAGUACCAGCUUGCCCGAUUUGUCUUACCUAAGCGUUCUCAGAUCCGUGGAGCUCAUCACGCAGUUGUGGCAGCACUACGUGAACACUGCGCUACUCCCUCUAGCGAGCUCUAGCGUAACAAUUCGUCGAGAGAUGGCCAUCUACAACAAUCACUGUCUCUUGAAAACGGAAGGCAAGUGCGAUGCUGUGCUGCAGAAAAGCGUGGACAACAUCGUCGCGUUCUUGACAGCAAGGCUAGCGACACAGAAGAAAAACGACUUCACGCCGAAGAACGAUGACGUUGCCUUCGCUCGCAGCAACACCGACGCGUGCGUUGCUUGUUGCGACGCACUCGGGCGGGUAGCAUCCGCUGCGCGAAGAGGGUUGGGGGGUGGCAAGAAUAGCGAAGCCUUCUUGACGGAGGUCGGCGUGACUUUUCACGGGCUGUUGCUAGAGCAUUUCAAGAAGUUCACAAUCAGCGCCGAUGGUGGUAUUUUACUGGGACAGGAUCUUAGCGCUUAUCAAAGCGCGGUAGCUGCUUUCAACAUUCCAGCCCUUCAAGAUCGUUUCGACAUGCUCAGGCAGCUAGGCAAUCUUUUCUUUCUUCCGCCUGCCGUACUCAAGUCCUACAUGCGCGAAGGUCACCUGGCUCACAUCGAAGAGCGACUACUUCGUCCCUACCUUCUUCGACGAGCAGACUACGCCAAGGAUGUCCGAGAUCUGGAUACGAGCUCGGGAUCCACCAUGGGAGGUACAUUGCCUUCGAGCGCGUCGCAUCCAGACGUCGAGUCCUUGUCUGUCUUCUCUGUGGGAUCUGAUCCCGGCGCCAAAGCCGACAAGUUGGCGCAAAUCAUGCUUGCGAUGGAGAAGCGCGCGGGAAGUCAUCCCACAGCUGCUUGAGGUUCUCGCUCGCGGUAGCACGUUCAAGCCGAAAUCGUAGGUGUAAUUGUACGCGUGAUCCAAAGCAAUGACGCAUGCC